AUGCCAACAGAUAUUGAAGUCGACAUCAACAAUAUCAUUUUUCAGUCUUAUUCCGAUGAUCCUACUACUGGACAUGCUAUAUAUGCUUUUGAUUCAACAUAUUUGCCAUCGGCAGCAGAAAUUAAUGAUAGUGACCUAUAUGAGCUUCUUAUGGAAACACUAAUGGAUAAACUUGUUGCAAGGUUACCUCAUAAGCCGUAUUCAUUAGUUGUUUUUUCAUCAGGCUUUACCUCAAAGGACAUUAGUUGGGUCGAAGGUAUACGAAUGUACUCGCGGCUUCCUAAGCAGGUUAAAACUUACCUUCAAAAGAUGUAUAUUGUGCACGAAUCGUUUUUCAUUAGAACAGUUUGUCAGGUCUUGAAGAAUGUGAUGAAUAUCAAGUUUUUCAAUAGUGGAUCCACCAAAGAGACUCUAGUACAUGUCUCAAGUCUAUCUGAGCUUGCAGAGCAUAUCGACAUAACAACUUUACGUAUAUCUUUGAACGUCUACUUGUACGACUAUGAAAUUAAUGAUAAGAUCACCGUGACAGAGAAUUUGCUGGAUAACAGUGGCAAUAAUUUACCGCAUAAAGUAUACCGCCAACUUAUAUUUGACAAAAUGUUUAAGCGGCUCCAAAUUGAAGCGCCCCAAACUGCACAUAUAUUUCAAAAGCUUGGGUCAUUUAAAAAAGUUAACAUUCUACUAGACGUGAUUGAUAGGAGAAAUUACAUUGACUUAUCACAAUGGGACAUUCAUUCCAUUGCAACGGUGUUUUUGCAUUUCAUUAAGAACAGGUCUACACCUAUCUUCCCUAUUGAUUCUUUGACAUUGCCAAUUAGCGAUGAUAUUGAUUAUACUUUUAAACACUUUGCUCUUAUGAUGAAGAUGAACGGAUACUACCCAUUGGUCGCCGUAGUCGUCCCCUUCUUCAUAUCUUUGAUAGAAAACAGCGAAGUUACUAAACACACUUGUUCAUCAUUGAGCAAGUGUAUAGCACCGGCGAUGUGCAAAGAAAAACUGGCCGUGAAAAAUAGUGGACGGCUUGAAGAUGGAAUUAAAUUUGUAGGUAACGUUCUCCUUCAUUUCAACGAUUUCAAACCCAGAAUUGAAGAAAUGGCUGGCAGGCGCCCAAGAGCCAAGUCUCACUCUUCACAACAAGUUCCUACAUACUCUCCAACACGCAAUUCAACUACAGUUCAUCGCAGUAACUCUCAGAAGGUCAGCAACCCUAUUAAAAGCUCAAACUUUAGCGGCAAAAUGUCAUCUCAAACAUCUCCCCGGCUACCCCGUAGGUUAUCUUUAAAUGAGCGCCCGACAAGAGGUUCUCUUUCCGUAAACAAUUCUCCGGCGAAAGUUGUUCCCCAGGAACUGCCUCCCAGAGGCUCUCCCAGAAGGCCAGAGAUGAUGAGUGCUCCCACUUCCGCUACUACAAGGGCUAACUCACCAACUUCCUACAAAUUCAAGACAAAUAAUACCCAAAGAAAUGUGAAGCGUAACGACCGCUCUCCCCACAUUCAGCUCAGAAAUACCUCUUCCACGAUAUCACUUCAGCUUUCUCCUUCGACGCAGUGGGCAGAAGGUGACGCAUUUUCCAUUCCCUAUUGUCCCUCGAGUGGCACCGGUAGUGAUUCCCCAAGUGAUCCUACCGUAUCUAAGGCCCGAGACAAUAACGCCAUUAUCACCGAAUCUUCUAAAAAGGACAAAGAGUACAUCUCCCUGGUACAGCAACUUACCCUCGAUAGGAAUGAGAAAAUACAGUCUUUCGACGAGGAAUUAAAAAUGAGAAAGCUAAAAACAACCAAGGGCGCGACUUUGACCAAAUUUUCUCCAAAUAGUUAUUCUGACAUUACUACCGGUAAUAAAGUGUCGAGACUUGCAGAACUUUACGAAGAAAGAUUACUUGGAUUAAAAAUCGCAGGUAAAAUUAAAGAGGAGGAUAAACGUGCUGGUCCUGUUUAA